CUUCUAAUGACAUACGCUCAGGCCAAAUCGCUUCCAAGAACUAGGAUGUGGAAUCAUUGAUCAUUACCAUGCCAUGGUUAUAGUCGGCCGUGUGAUUAAGUCGCUAUCGCUUUUCCACACCCUUUGACUCAUGUAGGAGCCAGUGAUAAUCUCAGCAAGUCUUGAGUCUUUCCUACCAAGAAUUUCAUCCUUGGUUGAGACUGUCCCAUCAGGAAACGACUUGCCGCAACCCAAAUGUUUUGUGAGUAACCUUUAACCAAUUUGAUCAGCAGGUACCGCGAUGACGCAGAGCAAUGAGCCACUCAGUUUGCGCAAUACGCAACUUCUCCAUACACACCAAAGUGUUCUCGAAUGAAAAAUGUAUACCCAGCGGAAAUUCUGCAAGCAAAACUUGGAAAGUGUUGAGAAGAUACGCGACUUUUCGACGUAGAUCGUGGACCGUGGAACGAGAAACGCACCCGCAGUUUUAAUGUCUUUACCAAUUCGCCCGAGUAUCCUAAGCGAUUCACGAGUGCUAACAUACGAUUUUAGCAAUGAAUCGCCAACAGGGAAGUUUGGAUUCCACAUCGAUAGUAGGUAUCUUGUUGUGCGAAUGGUACUUUGAAUUUGACGCGGGAAUGUAGCUUUCCAGGGAAAUAUUCGCAAUCACAACCGAUGGUGCGAUACUUGGGAAUAGUACUUCAGCCGCAACUUACACUACCUCAUGCAAUUAGAGCGCUCGAUACAUGGUGAAGAUCCGGAGAUGGAUGCCCUGUCCGCGGACAUUAUGAGAAAGGUAGUUUCUCGGCUCCUUCGUCCGAUGGAAAGUGGUGGUAACAAGAUCGAACCUGUACUGUUACACGGCGACAUGUGGCAUGCUAAUGUCAGUGUCGACAGGAAGAUGAGAAACUCGAUUUUAUAUGAUCCCGGAUGCCUUUUUGGGCAUCAUGAGUACGAAGUGGCGCCGUGGCGCGCUGCGAGGUAUGCUUUCAACAAAAUGCACCUGGAUGCGUAUCUUGAGAUCGUUGCUCAAAUGAUUCGGCUGGGUCUGCAUCUUCUAAAUCUGCAGAGUAAGGUCGAGACAGUGAAGCACUGAUGUGAGUUAGCGUCAACAAGGCUACUUUCGGUUUGUCAGUGUGAAGUCUCAAGACUGGUCUCUUUGCCUGAUUCGAUGGCGAUAGCCCUUGGUGGACAAGCAGGCCUCGCGCGUGAAGUCGCGUGCUGUGGCACAUGCUGUCCAGUCAUGCAAGACGCAUGCGCGGGUAUACCAUGCCAUAGCGAUGAUUGCGGCGUAGUUAGCACGCGUCGUCGCUGUGAUGUCGCG